AUGUACUUACGCAAAUGGAGUCCAGUAAAAUAUUUGAUGUACCUUUGGCUAGCAAUUCUGGUUUGGAUGUUCGCUCGGUGUGAUACCGCCGCCACGAUGCACCUGGCCCCGCCACCGUUUGCAAGCAGUGGCCACCAGGGCACCUCCACCGGUGGUCACUCCAGUAGCAUUAGCAGCAGCAGCAGCAGCAGCAUUAGCAGCAACAGCAACAGCAUUAGCAGUAGUGGUAGAUAUGUUAGUGAUAGCAGUAGGACACCAACUAGCAUUAGUAGUCGGGAACCGCUGACGGGCGGACAGCUGGCGGUGGAAGGAUUGUCCGGUGGUCCAAUACCACCCCGGUUAUACGGCGGGCCGUACACGAGACCGGCGCAACUACCACUACUGCCCCUGCCACUGGUGGAUAUGGGCAGCAGCGCGAGCUCCAUCCCAUGGAUGACGUCCGCCACCCGGGAGCCACUUCCGGCCGGAAGUGCUCUGCGGCGCACCGGCGGCAACCGAUCGAACCUCAGGGAGCACCACCGCGGGAGUGGGCCACCGAACCAACCAAACCAAUUGCACCAAAUGUUCACCACGGCCAGAGCGGGAGCAACCGAUGGCGAAGGUACUCCACCAUCCGCCAGAGGGAAGGACCGAAGGAGCGAUCCGCGAGAGGUGUCGAUAGCCGACGGCAGUAUUAACGGUGACCAGCAGGAUCGCGAUAUCGAAGACGCGGCCGAACGAUCGCUGCAGCUCCGCUGGGCGCUGCAGAUGCGCCAGAAGGCGGAACGUCGCCGGCUACACCGGAGACGUUGGCGAGCGGUCGGGCCGGACUCGUCCGCUAAUCGCAAUCGGCGCGAUUCGGCGGUGCCGGGUACGAGGCAGCACCCAUCGAUACGACCCGGGCAACGGCGAAACGGGGCCGGCGGGGGCGGUGGACAGCGACGGUACUGUUCGGCACGGGAUCCAGCCACGCUGGCGUUCGAGGCACCAAUCGUGUGCGAGGCGAAGGUUAAGUCGAUGAGCGACCGGAGACCGAUCUUUGCGGCCACCUUCGAGAUCCUGUCACUGCACAAGCUGCCGGCGAAGGGACGACCGCUGCGAGGGUUAACCGUGCGGUUGCAGUUCAAUUUGACCACCACCAACGACUGCGACAUCUUUCGGGGGAAGUUCCGCGAGCGAGGGUUCGUGCGCGAGGAGCUCGAGCUAGGCAAGGUGUACUUCCUGUUCCUGAAGCCGAACGUGCGCUACACCAACUUCACUAUCCUCGGCCAGCCGAUACGGAAGACCAAGCGGUCCGAGAGCGGGGUGCUGCAGGGCGUCAAUCCAAAUUACGGUACCCGGCCAGUAAUCCACUCCAUCACACCGAACGUGACGCGCGUCGAGGGCAAGCGGGUGAAGCUGGUGUGUCGGGUCGGUGGCCAGCCGCCGCCGAAGGUUGCCUGGUUUAAAGAUAAGCGGCUGAUCAACCGAAACGCCACCAAGUACGCACAAGUGCAUCUCAAAAAACGGUCCGAGCUGAUCAUCUUCAACACCAGUGCGGCCGAUUCUGGAGAGUACGAGUGUCGGGCCAAAAAUAGAUACAACAAUUCGUCCGCGUUCAACUCGACGCACGUUAAAAUUACCUUACCAAAACUAGCCGCCCCGACCGGCUACUGGCGGACCUGCACGGACAGCCACCGGGAGGUCUUCUGUCACAACGGCGGAACGUGCCACGACUUCGACAGCCUCGGCGAACUGGGGUGCUCGUGUCCGGUUGGAUUCUCUGGUCUGCGGUGCGAAAGCAAGGACAGCAACUUCCAGCCGACUUCGUCGAAUAAGCAGCAAGACUGUACAUCACAGCGAUACGCAGGUUAUUAUUGCUAAAACAACCCCUAGGCUUUAUAACACCAAAAAAUCAACAAAAAAAAACAACAACAAUCGUUAGACCAUUAACCACUGCUGCACUUCGGGCAGUUUGCUAAAAAAAAAAACAAAUGGCAGCACAUGAGCACAAUAAGCGUUGAGUUGAAGGGCAGGUCUGCUUGAUAGCGCCCAAGAAAAUAAUAGAAACAGGCCCGAAAUGCAAUAGCGGGGUGUCUUGGAAGCUGGAGCACAAAACACAAAACCCCUAGCACUGAAACGAGCCAGAUUUGUGGAGGACCAGCACUAGUUUUCCAUCGGUGUCUUGCCUUCCAGAGACUCGACUCUCGUACGCCGUAGCAGUUAGUCAAACGAUCAAAACCAAAAAUUAACGCUAGUAGACAAUCUCUAGACCGUAGGAAAACAAAUGGUUCUGUGCCUGCAGUCUACAUCCGGCCUGGUGCUUAUCGUGCUAUCGAAGCCAGCAGCCGACACGACGGACACAAGCGCCACAGAAUCUCCUUCCAUCCCCGGAUUAGUCGGUUGUAAAUAUGAAUAUGAAAGGGAAACACUUAUAACGUCCCGAAAGUGUGCACAACGGAACGAGUAGUAAACAAAACCGCGUAAAGGACGACAAAAGGCAGCACGGAGGAAGGAGAUCGAUCGAUUGCAGAUCGAAAGGCGCGUUGCUCCAUGAGAAGAGAAUUUGAUAGUACAAAUUUGUGUAUAAUGUAUAAAGUGAAACUUAUUUAUUGUUUAUGUUUAUUUAAGAAGUGCCGACCGAAACGGAUAAAACUACCAAAAGAAACGGACAGACGGCGGAAAAAACAGCGAAUGAAAUCCUUCGACCGGGCCCUAGUAAAAAAUGUAUCCGUACUUUUGCAGCUAACACGACGAAAUAACAAACGAACUAAGAAAAAUAAUAAUAUUUAAAAAAUGAAAACAAAUACAAAUCCGACAAAUAAACUAAAAAUGAAUCAUCAACCAACAUUCCAAUUCUCUUGGAUUAUGCCAACGCGACUCUAGAAUCGAACCCGUAUUGAAAGCAAAUGAAGAAAAACACGAAAACAAACGCAAAAGAGUAACCAAAACGAUGGAAAUGAAAGCACGUUUAAAGUGGAUGUGUGCAAAGGAAGUAACAAGUGCAGAUAAAAACCAAUAGGAAUAAAUGCAAACACCAAGCUGCAAAAAACAAAAUGCAAGUAAUGCAAUCGUUUUCCGACGAUGCUGUCAAACGAAACAAAUAAAUGUCUAUUGUAAGGCUCGUCGAAGAAAUUAUACAAAAGUGUAAAUUAAAAUCACAAAUUUUCCACUCACUCACAGCGCAGCAUUAUUUUUACCUUUUCACCACGUGUGUC